UCAACUGUCUGAUUGGGAAAUAACAAACCAAAACCACACAUUAGUGCUGCUGAGAGUCAAGAGAGAGUUGGAAGUUUACCGAGGGGCUGGGACGAAGACACAAUAAACUCAAUCGGACGCGACAUUUAUUGCACUGUGGGUAUUCCACUGUGGAGGUGGUGGCUACAUGCUGUCCUAGCUAUUUUGAUAGAAGCUAACGUUAGUGAAGCCAGUCAGCGAGCUAACCACCAACCUUAUUGGGAAGUGCCGUGGAGAAGUCGGGGGCUGAGAUAGUGGAAAGAAGGAGGGGGAGUGUUUCUUCGACAAUAGUCUGACAAAGGGGCAGUCAGAUUGUGGCUACUAUUAGCGAGACGAAGCCGCAGACCGUGUUCAACACCGGUAGCGUCCCAUAUGCUUUGUUGUGUAUAUCAUGCCUUUUAGGACUCAUUGUUUUUGAAGCGUCUGCUAACUGUCUGUAGACUCUUGGGUGCAGCAACGGCUGCAUGUAUGCUAGCUAGUUAGCCACAGUAGCUAGCUAGUUGAUAUCAUUACAUUGGCUCUAACGUUAGCCAGCAGCGUGGAGCUCGCUUCAACGUCGAAAUAAAAAAAACAAUAACAUUUGUUGUCUUAUUCUGAGGCAACGCUGUUAACCGCAUAACUAACCGAGCGAACUAGUGAAGAAGAGCAACAUUUCCUCUGUUGAUAGCUACGCCUUGCUGUGUCAUGACAUUCAAGUGUAAGUGAAGUCCCUCCGAAGAGUAUGCAGGACAAGAAACGAUUUGGGAUAAGUAUAUAGCAAGGGGACAGUGAAAUCCUACAUUGAUUGAAGUUCGUAUCGGCUGCCCAAAGGACUGCAUUUGGAGGUCAAGACUGUCAAAAGGAAGCCAGAAUGAAGAAGUUCUCCCGAAUGCCGAAGUCUGAGAGUGGCGGGCUGGGAGGGGGCUCCGGGUCCGGCUCCGGACUCAGCAACUACUUCGGGAAAGUGUUCGCCGUGGGCCGGUUUCAAGUCAUGGUGGAAGAACUCAUAGCGGAAGGCGGUUUCUCCGUGGUGUUCCUGGCCCGGACACAGAGUGGCAUGCGCUGCGCUCUCAAGAGGAUGUACGUCAACAACGUCCCUGACCUCAACAUCUACAAGAGAGAAAUCACUAUUAUGAAAGAGCUGUCAGGUCAUAAGAACAUAGUGAACUACCUGGACUCUACCAUCAACUCAGUAGGGGACAGUGUCUGGGAGGUCCUUAUCCUCAUGGAGUACUGUAAAGCUGGUCAGGUAGUGAAGCAGAUGAAUCAGCGUCUCCAUAUUGGGUUUACGGAGCCGGAGGUGUUGACCAUCUUCACUGAUACCUGUGAGGCUGUGGCCAGGCUGCAUCAGUGUAGGACCCCUGUCAUACACAGGGACCUGAAGGUAGAGAACAUCCUCCUGAGUGAUAAUGGCAGUUAUGUUCUGUGUGAUUUUGGAAGUGCUACUCACAAGGUGCUGCUCCCACACAAAGACGGAGUGACCGCCGUGGAGGACGAAAUCAAGAAGUACACGACCCUGUCUUAUCGAGCUCCAGAGAUGAUUAACGUGUACGCAGGGAAGGCCAUUACCACCAAGGCUGAUAUAUGGGCUCUUGGUUGCUUGUUGUACAAGCUGUGUUUCUUCUCGCUCCCGUUCGGAGAGAGUCAAGUCGCCAUAUGUGACGGAACCUUUAUCGUUCCUGACAAUUCCAAGUUCUCCUUCAAGCUGCACUGCUUAAUCAGAUAUAUGCUUGAGGCUGACCAUGAGAAGAGACCAGAUAUCUAUCAAGUCUCCUACUUUGCCUUCAAGUUAGCUGGAAAGGAGUGUCCAGUGCCAAAUCUCUUUAGCUCCCCUCUCCCCACGUCACUCCCUGAGCCACUCACAGCCAGCGAGGUUGCUGCUCGGAAGAGCAUGACAAAAGCCAGAAUCACAGAGUCCGCGGGCCCCACGGCAACUUCCAUCGCUCCGAGACAGAGACCCAAGGCUACCAACAGUAACGUGAUACCCAUCCCUGUAGCCAACACAGCUGUCACCCCUAUAGCUGUGCCCGCCGCUGCCACGCCCACCGCUGCCACGCCCAUCACCGCCAUGCCCAUCACCCCUACAGCUGUGCCUUCUGUAGCCGUCAGCAAUGGGCAGAAAGCUCCAACACCUGGUAACAGCCAGCCGGUCGCUCCACAGCUCCAGACAGCCAACAGGGUUCUCCAGCAGCUGCAACCUGGAGACCUUCGUCUGCAACAACAACUCCAUCCUGUUCAUCCACAGCAGCUCCAAUACCUUCAGUACCAGCAGGCCCUUCAGCAGCAGGCCCUUCAGCAGCAGGCCCUUCAGCAGCAGAUGAUGAUACAGCCCAUGUAUCAGCAACAACAGGCCCAGGCACAGGCCCACUACGUAGCAAUGAUGCACCAGUACCACCAGGCCUUUGCACAGCAGCAGCAACAUCAACAGCAACUACAACUCCAUCAUCAACAACAACAACUACUACAGCAACAGCUACACCAUCAACAGCAUGCCACCCAGCAGCCCACUGUGACCUCCCCGCUAGAGUUCCAACUUCCUUUGGGCUCUUUUAACCCGGCUGGAUCUGGGGUCAGCCCUGGGGUCGUGGCAAUCGGGGCUGGUGCUGGAAAUGUGACACCUUCCCCUGUUGAGGCUCUAUACACUAUCACCAGUAGAAACCCUCUGGUGGACCUAAAGGUGACCACCCCUCCCCCCCGGACCCUGGUCACCCCCCAGAGCCACCCUCCUGACAUGUCCCGCUGGAACCCCUUCGGAGAGGACAACUUCUCCAAACUAACAGAGGAGGAACUUCUGGACCGCGAGUUCGACCUCCUCAGAGCAAGUAAACCCGUGGAGAGAACCACUAGCAUGGAGGCAGACCGACCGCUGCAGCCAAUCACCUCCGCCGCAACCGCCAAGCCCCUCCUCCCUGAAUACCUGUUUGGCUCCGCCCCCUUCCUGGCUAGCGCAGGUCCUAGUGUGAUGACAGAUCAGCCUAUUGAAGAGCUCAGUAUCCCAGCCGCUGCCCCUGUUACAGUCACCGCUCCUGUCGCUGCUCCUGUCCCUGUGGGCCAGCCAGCCCUUGAGGAACAGCUACAGCAACCUCUUGCCAAGGAGCACAAACCAAGCAGGAGGAGAAACUCCUCUGACGGCGGCUCACAGACGACCCGCAAACCACCGGGCGGUGAAUCAGACAGCGACUUCGAGUCGGACCCUCCUUCCCCUAAGAGCAGCGAGGAGGAAGACGAGCCGGAGGAGGACGAAGGGCUGAACAGCGAGCAAGAGCAUGGAGAAUUCUUCAACGAACUGGAAAAUGUGGAGGAAAUGGAGACGCUGGGCCAGAGGCCUCUGUUAAUGGACUCGGAGGACGAGGAGGAUUACGACAAACACAGCUCCGACUCGGACUACGAGCCCAGGAAAGCUAAGGGAGGACGCUCAAAGAGGCUCCCAGGAGGUAAAGGAGGGGCAGUGGCUGCUGCAGCUACUGUCUCCCAUGAGGGAAGUCCGAGCGGGGAGUCCGAGGCCACGCUGAUCAUGAUCACACCUUCCGAGUCGCCCGGUGUGGCUCCUGUUAGAGCUCCCCCUAGUGGUGGUGGAAUCAAGGACAUAUUUGGUGCCGAUGUGUUUUGCGCGGUGCCCUUCUUUCCCCCUGUGGCGUCCCCCACAGAAAGUGCAGAUAUCUUCUCCGCGGCUCCCUUCAGGCAGGUGAGCCAGGAGACCGUGGCCAGCCAAGCCAUGGAGGAGUUUGAUGUCUUUACAAAAGCUCCGUUCAGCCGGAACCUCUCCAAAUCUGGCAAGACCGGCAGCAGCGAUGUCUCUAUGGGUCAGAACCCGCCUGUGUCCCCUGAGAUUAUCGACCCGUUCGGCUUCUCCCCCUUCCAGCCCGGCCCCACGGCCCCGCCACCAACCACCUCUAGGAGCGCCGAGGACAUCUUCCAUCCAGCUUUCGACGAUUUGACCAGUCCCCAGCAGCAGAGGCUAAAGCAGCGCAGCCUCCAAAAGCUGUCUUCACGGCAGAGGAAGCUCUCUGGAAGCACCGACGGCGGCAGCAACGGCAAGCGCCACCACGGUACGCCUACCGGCAGCCGCAAGAGCAACAAGCCCAGCUUCCGAACCCCCGAGCGCGUCCGCCGGCACAAGAAGGUCGGCAGGAGGGACUCCCAGAGCUCCAACGAGUUCCUCAGCACCUCAGAUUCCAAGGAGAACAUCAGCGUCGGCAGCGUAACGAUGACCGACAAAGACAAAGGGUCUUCCCUACCUAGCCUUCCUAGUGAGAUCGACCCCAUCUUGGACCCCUUUGGUGCCAAACCUUUCGGUCCUCAAGAUGGCAGCCGACUCAACCAGGGCCAGUACCAAGGUCUAAUGGACGGCAAGACAGACAUAGUUUCGGCCAAUGGCAGGCCUCAGACCAGCUCCCUCCACGGGGCGCUGGGGGUUGGGAACAUCAUGGAUGACUUUGGGGCGGUGCCCUUCACAGAACUGGUGGUUCACCCUGGACAUCAGCAGCAGCCGUCUCAGCUCGUGGAGCUGGAUCCUUUUGGAGCUGCGCCUUUCCCCUCCAAACAGUGAAUGUCUCACUCGUCUUCCCGCCACAAACACACUCGUGCUCUUGUCUUUCUCAAUCACAUCGCUGUGUUACGCCAAGCCUAUGCAGUCCCCAGGGGGGUGAAUUCCCAUCCAAGGGAUGGCAGCUAGAUUGGUGGUGUGGUAGUUGAUUAUCUUUUCGGCCAAAUGAAACUACCAGCAACGGCUCUAAGUGUUUCCAAUGCUUUUUUUUUCUUCUUAAAAAUAUUUUUAACACGCUAGUAACUGGAUUUUGGGAUCAACAAAACCAACGUAAACCUGUGGAGUAUGGAUGAUUUAUUUCAGGUUCUGUACGCAUCUACUUCUGCCUGUACCUGUUUUCUAACAAGCCUUAUAUGCUGCAUCGCAUCGAGACAUUUUAACAGGAUUGGGCGAUUGAUAACGGUUUCACUCAAGAUCACACUGUGACAAACAAGCUCGCUCAGUGUUCCGACUGGUUGAGUUGCUGCAAAAAAAACAAAAGAACUUUUAUGUGUAGAUAGUGGCCUCCUUCAUGAUCUACCAAUAAGAUGAGUAAUUUAGCACCACAAAGCCUUAUAUGGGCAUGGCUCUGCCCUGCUGCACAGUUCCUCGGAAACCAUUGGCUAAGCAAAGGGCUAACGUUACCCUUCUAUGAGUCGUUUCAGAGUAGGCAUUUACCACUGUAAUAUUUCACCCGACAUAGACGUUUUUCUAUGCAUAUUUUUACAUUUAGAGUCUAGACACAUAGCGAUACAUUUUUAUGGUUUUGUUAUUUUUAUUGCAUUCUUUAAAUAAUAGAACGAAAAGGGAUUUUGGUUCUGUUUAAAGAUUGCUUUUUUUUUUUCAUGAUUUAGGACCGUUUCAAUGUUAGGUUUGUUUUCUAUACUUUUAGCAUUACAACGGUGUCAGUAAAUUAAAUUCUGUUCUAAUUUUAAAAAGUGAUGUUAUUUUACCUUGAGAGGAAGAACACAACUGUUCUCCUACGUGGUGAAACUGAAUCUCCCGAUAUCUGACUACUUCCACCUCUUCUUAGUCCUGAAACAGACUCUCUCGUCGAUUUGGUAACACAAGCCAUGCAUUCAUAAAGGGAAAGUGGGUCUAAAGAAGUACAACUUAUUAGUCUAUUAGAAUCAGGUCGUGUUCAAAUGAAAUGCACUUUCAGCAUCAACUCUUCCAUUGUCUGGUAAUUAUAAAACCAAUGUUACAGAAAGAUCUUUACCUACCAUACAUACUUAAACAGCUGGGAGUUGCCUAUGGAAUCCAUUGGAUAAUAUUUAUUUUAACAAGUUGCCAUAAUUUUGUUGUCUAAAUGCAAUAAACAUUUUUUGGGGAUUAAAUGG